AUGUCGUGCCUGGCUGGUACGUCUCUUGUCGUUUAUGCUUUCCCCUGGCAGAUUCCCGACGACGUCUGGCAGAUCAACGUGUCGUCCAUCGUAGGCCCACCCUACGCCAUCACCAAGGUGGAGCCACCUUUGGGACCCGUCACGGGCCAGAUGAAGGUCACCGUGUACGGAGUCGGCUUCCAGUCUACAAACGGCAUGGUGAUUAUCGAAUUUUCAAGCGGCAAGCUCACUGCCACAACGCAGGGCAACGUGAUCAACGAUGAGGUCAUCGAGUGCCUCACGCCAUGCGUCGCGGGCACCAUCGGCCCCAAGGAGUGUCAGGUGAAAGUGCAAAUCGGCCCUCGAGAUUUUACCACCACCGUGGCGCACUACACCUACUUCCUCAACUCCAUCGCGGAGAAGUCCUUGUGCUUCGGUCCGGGAUGCCUCCAGGAGCAGCAGGCCAACGUGGAGACGCGUUUCAUGAUCCAGGCUCGAAACCAGCUUGGAGAGAAUCGAAAGUCCGGCCGCGACGAGUUCAUGGUUACUGUCCAGCAGAAGGUCCUCAACACCGAGGGCAAGGAGGUCUUCCGCGAUGUGUCCUUCGAGUUGAAUGACCUCAACGACGGUAAGACGGAGGUCAAGUACAUGGCUGAUGAGGGCGAGCUCGUAAUCCAUGUGAAGCUCAUGGACGAGAAUGGCAAGCCCCGGCCAAUCCGCGGCUCUCCGUUCCGGCCCACGUUUACCAAGAUGGCCCGAAACCGUGCCAACGAGUACUCAGGACCCGUGGUCACAGCCUGGCUGUCCUCCACACUCAAGAGCCUGGAUGAGCUCCCCGGCCGCGUUGGUAAAAUCGUGAUGAACCUCAUCAAGGUGAUGAACCACAUCAAGGACAUGUACGACCAAGAGGACACCCUGAUCCUCCGUCAGGACGAGAUCGUGGAGACCCUGUCACAGCUCGAGCGCGAGGGCCUCCCCAGCGACAAGCAGAUGAAGCAGCUGAAGAAGAUCGGCGCGAACCUCACGCAGCUGAAGCAAGACAUCGUGGCCAAGGGCUUCGCCACCUACCUCUCAUUCCGUUUUCCAUUCAACCCUCGUGUAAGGGUCUGGUGUUUGCGAUAA